AUGGAGUUGUCGUCUGGCUCGGAGAUCCCGAGGAAGCGCAAGUACGACGAGGAUGAUGAUACUGUGUUCGAGGCGUUUGGCAGGUUUAUGGAAACCAGUCGAUUCCUAGAAGCUAUGAAGAAAGUGUUCGAAGUCUGCAUGCCGGAGGUAAUGGAAGCCCGUUUGAAGCCCAUUAACGAAUCGAUUGAGAAAUUGUAUGUUGAACUAGAGGAGCAGAAGAAGAAGCUGAAGUCUUUGGAACUGGAGAUGAAGAAUGGUUGCGGUGAAGGAGAAGAAAAGUAUGCGGAUCUGAAAGAAAGAAAUAGGUCGAUAGUUGUGAGAAAUGUGCCCGAAUCGAAGUCCCGCAACCAACACGAAAAGAAUCUGCAUGACGUGAACCAUUUCAACAUGCUACUGAACCAUAUGAACGUCGGAGCCCUGCCAGUUGCUGUUUAUCGACUUGGAAGUAAGGUGCGUGAGGAUGGAAAUGGAAGAUUGCUAAAAGUAGUGCUAGCAUCAUCUUCGAUACAAAAGGAAAUUCUUUCUAAGGCCAAACUCUUGAGAACUUUUGACACUAAAACCCAUCCACCCGUUUAUAUUCGAAAAAGUUUAUCCCCAGUAGAACUGAAAGAACAAUAUGAAUCUCGUCGUCUUCAAUCUAAGUUAUCAGAUCCACUUGAUGUGAACAUGUCAUCUCCCUUAGCUAGCUCAAAAAACUAAAUAGUCCCAGUCCUGAUAGUCCCUAUUACUGUGUACCACCGCCAUCUUUAUCACUGAAAUUGUUAUCAAGUAAUAUCAGAUCUGUUGUUGCCAAUCGUAGUGAAAUUCAAGCGCUAAUUUUAUCCAAAAACUUUGAUGUUCUGUGCUACCAGGAAACUUGGCUGACUUGUGAAAAACAAGACUCCUUAUUGACGGGUAUCAGUAACUAUUAUUCUGUCUUUCGAACAGAUCGUGCUAAAGGUAAAAGAGGGGGAGGUGUUUGUAACGUCAUUAAAGCUGAUAUUCCCUGUGAAACUGUAGUAUCCGAAUCGAGACCCAACUCUUAUGAAAUUCUAGUAAAUGACCUAAACAUUGACGUGGUGCCCUUUAGAAUCAUAAACAUUUAUCGCGCCCCGACAUGCACUUAUCAAAAUACUGUAAGAUUAAUCAGUAAAAUAGAAGAUCUAGUUGAACAUCAAGGCAAAGUCGUAAUUGUAGGAGACCUUAACGUAGGUGAGAUUGAUUGGAUCCUUCAUGAUCCUAAAACAAAACUAGGUUCUCUUUUAGUUGACUUGUGUAAAAAUCAUAAUCUUGAACAGUACGUCAAAAAGCCGACGCGAAAAACUAAAAUUCUUGAUCUUGUACUCUCGAACUUCAAAGUCAGCAAUGUGAGUAUCACCGCCCCCAUAGGUUCUAGCGACCACAACACGAUCAAAUUUACGUCACAGCUCCUACAAAAUACGUCCACCCAUACUAAAAUGAUCCCUGAUUUUUCUAAAUUAAAUUGGGCUUACUGUGUUAAAUACUUUGAAAAUAUUAAGUGGGAUGAGGUAUUUGGCACCAAUUUGCACGUUAACGAAAUAUAUGAAAGUCUUCUAGGCCACAUUAGAAUAAUGUUCGCUGAAUCGGUCCCAACAAUUCCCAUGCCGGAUACCACAAAACCAGUUCCCGAAUAUUUGAUUUCUUUUGAACAAACGGUGAAAAAACAAUUUCUCAGAACAGUCGAGUCUAAAAACUUAAACGAUUUCAUAGAAUAUAUUCAUUUAGCCAGGAAAUACAGAAAGAAGUUGAGAAAAUACCUUAGUAACUUGGAGGUAAAUCUAUUAAAAAAGAAAGGCAACAGUAAGUUCAGCAAACACGCUAAAACUCUUUUGAAGCCGCAAAACAGCAGCGUCCCCUCCCUGAUAGAUAACCAAGAAAACGAAAUUGUCUCUGAAACAGACAAAGCCAAUCUUCUAGCUUCCUACUUUGAAUCACAAUAUACAAAUCAAAGAAUCACUAAUCUUGCUUUACCUGACGAUUUUACAUCUGAUCAACCAAUCCCAUGAGUUACAGACGAAAAAGUGUUAAAAGUUAUCAUGUCCUCUAAAAAGUCGUGCUCUAUUACGAGCGACCAGGUACCAUUUACGUUUAUUAAAAUACUAUCACCUCUCAUCAGUAGCGUCCUAGCCCAGAUUUUCAACUUGAGCAUGAUGAGAGGCCAGGUUCCUCAUGCUUGGACCGAAUCGAUUGUAAUACCUCUUGCAAAAACUGCCAAUGCAAAUAAUCCAAACGAUUUCAGACCCAUUAGCCUGACCUCGCACUUAUGCAGAGUCUAUGAAAGAUGUCUAUUAGCCAAAAUAGAGUUAUUCCUAGGUGAAAAAAAAUUUUGGUCACAAAAUCAGCAUGGAUUUCGCCCUAGAACAUCAACUGUCACAAACAU